GGUACAUUCGAAGCUGGACUCAAUAGCAAACAAUCAGAGUUAAUUUUGACGAGUCAUCCAUCUGGGAUAAAACGGACCAUUCUAUGGCUAUUUUGCCAGAAACUUUUAGUUAAAAGAGUAACAUAUGUGCAGUAAUUAGGGUGAGCCAUCACAACUUACAAAUCAAAAAGAGACAGACAAAAGAUACCACGUCAGAUACAGGUUUAUAUCUGGAGUUGGAGACAAAAAGCGAUGGAGCUGUCGGAUAUCCCUUUUCCAAUCACCUCCGCAGACGACUUUUACGAUGACCCUUGCUUCAACACAAGUGACAUGCACUUCUUCGAGGACUUGGACCCAAGGUUGGUUCACGUGGGCCUACUGAAGACGGAUGAUCACCAUCACAACGAAGAUGAACACAUCCGCGCUCCGAGCGGACACCACCAAGCGGGUAGGUGUCUCCUCUGGGCGUGCAAAGCAUGCAAAAGGAAAACCACCAACGCAGACCGCCGGAAAGCAGCCACUAUGCGGGAGAGGAGGCGGCUUAGCAAAGUCAACGACGCUUUUGAAACCCUGAAACGGUGCACGUCCACGAACCCCAACCAGAGGCUGCCCAAAGUGGAGAUUCUCAGAAAUGCCAUCAGCUACAUCGAGUCCCUACAGUCUCUGCUUAGAGGGCAGGACGAGAACUACUACCCGGUGCUGGAGCACUACAGCGGAGACUCUGACGCGUCCAGUCCACGGUCCAAUUGCUCAGAUGGAAUGAUGGACUUUAAUGGCCCAACAUGCACAUCAAGGAGAAGGGAGAGCUAUGGCAGCGCCUACGUUAACGAAACGCCAAAUGGUAAGUAUUCCAGAAGUAACAAGAGUUCAAUCAUUUCCAGCCUGGAUUGUCUGUCCAGCAUCGUGGAGCGAAUUUCGACAGACACCUCCACCUGCGCCACAGUACAAAUCCAGGAGGGUUCCGAUGGCAGCCCCUGCUCUCCUCUCGACGGAUCCAUGAGCGACCCGGGAGCAACUGUCCCGUCCCCGACCAAUUGUUCCCAACCCCCUCAUGAUCCAAAUCCCAUCUAUCAGGUGUUAUGAAGUGUCCUGGUGGUUCACAAAAAGAAGACCCUCGAACUAACUAAACAUUCUUGAAUGCAGAUAUAUUUCUUUAAAAUGAAAAAGGAAACAUGAACUGGGUUACAACGUUGCUGACUAAAAUGGAGAAACUGCGAGUUUUCCAUAUUUUUUCCAACAAUAGAACGGUUUCCAAUUCCUUAAAGGCAAAGUAUCCCGAUUCAAGCCAUUUAACUUGUCUAGCACAAGACGUGUAAAAUGUAUAGAUCUAUGUUAUUUAUGUUGUCAUGUAUUUCUGUGUUUCAUAAUUAUAGCAACUUUGGGUGACCGGUAGCAUGCUAUUUGACCUGGUUUGACACGGGUUUCCAAAUGCAAAGUACGAAAACCAAAAAAAAAAAAGCAUUAUUUAUGCGCCUUACACUUUGUUCAGUAUAUCCUAAUUGUGGUUGUUAAGGAGAAAAAGCCAAACAAAUCUAAUCUAGAAAACGAGGACCAUUUUUGUACAUUUGUAAAUGAGGGCUGCUUAAAAAUCAGACAAAAUGUUUAAGUAUUUAAUGUUGCUUGUUGAUAGAGACGCUUGGUUUGUUGUGUCAGAUGUUUAACUUUAUAUUUAUAUAUCUUUAAAACUGAGUGAAUGUUAACGUUUUAAUAAAGAAACCAAUGUGGCUAUUUAU